CAGGGCUAAUGGAGGUUGCUGGAGGGCUUGGUGGUCACCCAUCCAGUUGCUGGACCAACAGAACAGGUCUUCACCUGAUUGACUGUGUCACACGCGUUAUUUGCACCUCAAUCUCAGUGGCUUAGUACAUGGAAAAGUGUAUAUCAUUGGUCCAGCAAGAAUGAAUUGUGAUGACUCGUCAAGUUUCUGCUCUCUGGUGAUGAAUAUAACAUCAGCCACAAGCACAUUUAUUGGAAACCAACUGGACCUGUUGUACCUAAGAUGGGUGUGGUCGCUUGUUUACCCAGCUAUCCUAACAGUGUUUAUCCUGCCAUCCAUGAUAUUAAUUUUGCUUUACUUCUCUGCAUUUCUGCUCUACAUUUAUCAGAGGAGAGAGAAUGUGUAUAACUUACUACAUGAAACAAUAGAACAACGUGACCCAUGGGCUGGUGGACGAUACCUAAUAUCUCUGGUAUGGGAUGCCCAUGGCUACAUAUGGCAUGGUUACGAGGUGAAGGGCUUAGAGAACCUCCCUGAUGAGGGCCGUUGCCUUAUUAUCUACUAUCAUGGUGCCAUUCCCUUGGACAUCUAUUACCUGGUAGCCAGGACCAUUCUAGUUAGAGGGAGGCUUAUACACUGUGUGGGAGACAGGUUCUUGGAGAAAGUACCAGGUUGGAAGGUUAUACUCGAAGCUUUUGACAUCACACCUGGGACUAUUAGUUCAUGCAUCCAGAUACUCUCUGAGGAUAACAUUCUCUCAAUAUCUCCUGGAGGUGUACGGGAGGCACAGUUUUCAGAUCACAACUAUCAGCUCAUGUGGGGCAAACGUGCUGGUUUUGCUAAAGUAGCCAUUGGGGCAAAUGCACCUGUUGUUCCCAUGUUUACUGAAAACCUGAGAGAGGCCUUCCGCACAGUGUCCUGGCCACAGAAAUUAUGGGUUACUCUUUACGAGAAGCUCAGAUUUCCUUGUGCUCCCAUCUAUGGUGGAUUUCCUGUCAAGCUGCGAGCUCACCUUGGAAAGCCGAUUUACCACAAACCUGGUGAGACUCCUGAGGAGUUGGCAGAAAGAACCCGAGAAGCACUAGAUAACCUCAUCCAACAAAACCAGAAACUUCCAGGCAACAUAUUACGAGCUUUGAUAGCCAGGGUAUACGAAAACCCUAAGCGAGAUUGAUAGGUAAGAAGUUCUACAAUGAACAUAAGUAUUAAUAUUAUCUGUGUCCUCAGAUUUCUUUAUGUAAAGCAUUUUUAUUUUGAAAAAUAUUACUCCGCCCAUCUAUGAACUGAUUACUAAUGUACUGAGUCUUCUGCUCAAGCAUAAUAACUUUCAUCUCAUAAUAGCUAUAUAGUACAUAAUACUGUAUUACAGCCAGGUCUCGAUUAGUUUGUUUGAAUUGUGUAAAUUUCAAUUUAGUGCGAAAUUAAUUAAUGCUAGUUUUCCCCCAAAUUCUUCAAAGCGUGCUCAAAAAUUAUGUAUAAUUUGGAUAGUGUGAAUUCAAAUAAUGACUCCACUUCAUUGGAUUCAUUAUUUGCACUAAAUCUAGGCCUGGCUGUAUAACAUGAUCUAUAAUUUUUUAUAGGGUGGACCCAUAAGCCAGCAAAACCCUCAGUCAAAUGACCAAAGCUUUACUGAAGAGUCAUCUUGUGACCAGUACCCUUGUCAGGAGAAAUUUUUCUCAAUUCUCCUAUCAAGCAAAAUAUUUUCUCCUCUCUCCCUUCCUUCUAUAUCAUUUUCAUUCAUAAAGUAUUGCCAUUGUGUACUACAGACUCAAUUUUUGUUGACAAUGUUGAAAAUGUUUUAAAACACUCGAAAAAUGCAAGUAGAUGAAAGUUGCUCAUUUUGCAGAUGAUGAGAUGCUCGGAUCUUACGAGACAUAGAUAUUUGCAAAUCUUUUAUGGCUAAUAACUAUAGUUAAUAUAUUUUCAAGUUGUUUUGUUAUUAAUCACAGUAUUUUUGUAAUCAUUGUUCAGCAAGAUAUGUAAUUCUGUUACAGGAACCAUUGUGGGUUAUGGAAUUAUUGAAACGAUGUUUUGUUAAAUUUGUCUGGUAUCUUUUUAAUUAUUUCUAAGUUGUUGAUUAGGUUUUCUGUAUCUGUGACCAUUGUUGUUGUUCUGUUUCUCACUUUCAUGCAGUGAGAGGCACUUGUUCAGAAAGGAUAAAAUAGUAUUGCAUUCAAAAGCAACACCUGGUCUUCCUGAUAAUGUACUGUAUAUACUUAGCAUUUGUCACGGAGAGGUGCUUUGAGGCUAGUAUAGGGCUCUUGAUCCAGGGUAUUGGAGCUGUACACAAAUGCACAAAUUGUAUAUUGUUCCAAUAACAGUAUUGUCCCUUUUUUGUUCUUUUUGGAUUGGAGCAACCUUCUCAUUCGUCAGAUCAAGCUUGAUUACCUCCUAUUUCCCGAGCACUGUAUAACCAUUAGUUUUUUGUUUUUCAGUGAAUAUAAUUACAGCAAAACCUCAGUUUAAUGGGGCAGUGGUGUUCACUGAAGCUGAUUGUCCACUAAUUCCAAAUGUUUAAAAAUAGCAAAAAAUAAAAAGCCAUUCUGUACAUUGUAUAUACAGUGAUGUACUUUUGUAGCAGUCAGUACAGUGUUGUCAUAUCCUCUGCAGCAUUAGGGUUAAAAUGUGAGGAUACCGGUGAUAAAGUUUAUAUAUAUAAAUAGUUUAUCACCAUUAGAGUUGUAGGUCUAAACAGAUGGGGCUAAAUUAGCUGGGUUAUAUCAAUCGCGUCUGUUGCAUGUCUGGUAAAAGAGAUUCCACCAGUGUCUGUCGUAUUACCAUACUAAUAAAAUAACUUCCAAAUUUGCAGCAUUACUGCAUCCGUGUAGUACUCUACUGUGCAUCAGUCUGGUUGUUUUUACUUACUUUUUGUGAUAAUCACUCGUGUGAAGCUGGACUCCCAGUUUGUCAGUGUUUGUGAAACAUCUUUUUUCCUCCAUCCCUUCCUCCUUCCCUCCUUUUUCUUGGCACAGUUAUAACCAAAAUUGUUUUGUUAGGAAUAAACUACAAUUUAUUUUUAGUUUGUUAAUGGUUCAUCACCGUAGGUUUACAUUAUUGCAUUGACAUUAUUUAUACAGUGCCCGUGAAUGACACAUUGGUUGGCUUCUGAUUCCCUUAACCCCCAGUGAGCCCAGAGGCUGUCACAUUCCUUCAGCCUAACAGUGCUUUUUCAAUAUUUAGAUUUUUUGUUUAUAAUUUUCAGUAUUUUGCUCUCAUUACAUGGGGUAUUAUUACUCUGGGCAUAUUUAUUUAGCAAAAGCCUUGCUUUAUGGUUGAUAAUAUGUGAUAAUAAAGUAAACAUGAUAAAUCUAGAGAAAAUGGAGGGUGAAUGACCACUCCACGUCUGAACUUGGCAGAUUUUGUCCAUUACUUCUGAAUUCUUUUAAAUGGAGAUGCUCCAAAUCGAGAUCUUGUCAUGUUAUAAUUAUGGGAUUAACACUAAAUCUGUAGGGAUCGUACAGCGCCAGGAGAAUGGGUGGUAAUCAGGUUCAAUGCAAGGAUGAGGAGGAUAGUCCCAAUUUCUUGGAUCAAGUGCCCUUAACCAGAUUGAUAGCACCUUCAUUACCCCCACAUAUAUAAUAAUUCUACAUGUACCUACCAUACUAUCAUCACAUUAAUAAAAUAUAUGAAGUGGUAUUUCUGUUUCAUGGACUAGAUGUGAAUUGCUCUAGGUUAAUUUUAAUUACUUUCCUUCAUUCCCAACCCACUACUUUGUUAGCUCUGUUUCCUGCUAUUUCUUAUCUAGUUCAUAUUUAUAUCAUGCUGUCCUUUUUAAGAAGCAUUCGUUCCACGUACAUGUGUGUGUGUGUGUGUUUGUGUUUGUUUUUACUCACCUGUAUGUGGUUGUAGGGGUCGAGUCACAGCUCCUGUGUGUGUGUGUGCGUGCGUGCAUGUGUGCUGUGAUCUGACCCCUGCAACCACAUAUAGGUGAGCACAUGCACGUAUACACACACUGUAUAUAUUACAUUUAUAUUUAUUUUCUUACCUGUACCUCAUCCAUUUAUUGAACAUUACCAUGCCAUUGUUACACUCUUGUCAGUAUUAUGAGUUUUGACACACACACAUUCCAUGUACCACCAUAGUGAUGUGGUGACCUGAAAACCUGCUACUAAAUGGUGCAAACAACCUCAUGUAUAGGAGAUCAUUGAUUAUCUCCCUAUUUUGGGAAUGAGGAGGAUGUUACACCCAAUUUUCAGCAACACUUGAUUAUCACAUAAAUUUUUUAUGGUUGCUUUGUUUUGACCAUUAUUUUUUUGUUUCAUUGUGUGGGUGCAGGAUCAAACAAGACUGCCAGAUAAAGUUGGAUGAUAAAUAAUAGAUUGGUGGAUAAUUGAUGAUCACUUAUAUUAUUAUUAUUGUGUCUAUUUUAAUUUAAUUGUUUUAUAUUAUCUGGUGUUAUAUAUUACUUUAGUAUAAUUUCAUAUAGGUAGUUGACAUUAUGACAUAAUAUUUACAAAAUAUGUAUGUUGUAUUUAUAUAAUGUUUCUUAGGAGACGGGCAUAGCAUGUAUAGUUGACACUACAGUUUCAUGCUGUUCUGUAUUCAUGGAUUUGAAUUAACAUUUUUACUGAUGGGUUUUGGGCCAUCAGCAAAUAAAUUCAGUUACCAGACAUUUUUCUGGUUUGCUGGCUUUCACAGACUCGAAUCUUUUUUUGGUUUUCUCGUCAUUGUUAACCCUUUGAGGGUUUCGGACGUACUAGUACGUCUUACGACCCAAGGUUUUUGACAUACUAGUACGCCUAAAUUCUAGCGCCCUCAAAUCUAAUGAGAGAAAGCUGGUAGGCCUACAUAUGAAAGAAUUGGUCUGUGUGGUCAGUGUGU